GCUGGAAAAAUACAUCUUUUUCUUCUUUUUUUUAUCAGAACACAAAGAAUGACACAAUCUGUAUCAACACCGGCGAAGUUGUUGGUUGCUGCAAUAGAUUUUGGAACAACUUUUUCUGGAUACGCUUUCGCUUUUCGAAAUGACUAUGUCAAGGAUCCUCUCAAAAUCCACGGUAACCAAUGGACAAUCGGUUCUCAAGCCGGGGUGUCCCUCAAAACCUCGACCUGUGCUCUGUUUAACCCACAGGGUGAGUUCGAUUCUUUUGGGACACAGGCCGAGGACAGAUACGGUGACUUGGCUCUCGAGGAAAAUCAUCACGACUGGUACUACUUCCGGCGCUUUAAAAUGAUCCUCUACAAUAAUCAGACCGUAGCUCGGGAUCUGGCGAUGGAAGACGAUAAAGGCAACACACUUCCGGCCAUGAAAGUAUUCGCAGCCUGUAUAAAGUACCUCCGCGAACACAUGAUGGACGCCUGCAGCACUAGGCGGGUGGACAUUGAAGAUGACGAAAUACAGUGGGUCCUGACGGUGCCUGCCAUCUGGACGGAUAGCGCCAAACAGUUCAUGAGAGAGGCUGCGACGAGGGCUGGUAUUCGUAGUGAUCUCCUGGUCAUUGCACUGGAACCAGAGGCUGCGUCUAUUUAUUGCAAACACCUGCCAGUUAACAAGAUAGAAGGCGACAACAAGAAGAGUUUGGACUCUUUCUCCCCAGGAACAAAAUACCUUGUUUUAGAUGCUGGAGGUGGUACAAUUGAUAUAACCGUGCAAGAGGUUCAACCAGGCGGUCUCCUACGGGAAGUUUACAAAGCCAACGGCGGCGAUUGGGGUGGUACAAAGGUGGACGAGGCGUUCAUGGAUUUUCUAAAAGACAUUGUCGGAGAGAGUGUUAUAGAGCGAUUCAAAGAAGAACAUCGAUGUGACUACGUGGAACUCUGUCGUGACUUCGAGAUCAAGAAAAGAACAAUUACACCAGACAUGGACCAGAAAGUCACAUUCAAAAUUCCAAUAGCUAUCAACGAGCUUUACCAAGAGAUGAAAGGAACAUCUAUAAGGAACUCCACUUCCGGUGGAAACAAAUAUGGAAGCCGUAUUGCCUGGAUAGGGGACAAACUGAGGGUAGACUCAGAGAUAGCGAAAGAUUUAUUCAAGGUUACAUGUGCCUCCAUUGUGGAGCAUGUUUACAUGAUUUUCCAACAAGAAGAGGUAGAUAAUACAGAAACCAUUCUGAUGGUUGGUGGAUUUUCGGAGUCUCCAAUGCUGCGUUCAGCAGUCAAAGAAAGAUUUCCUGAGAAGAGAGUGAUUAUUCCACAAGAAGCCGGGCUGUCAGUCUUGAAAGGCGCGGUGAUAUUUGGAUUCAAUACCACAGUUAUUGCCUCAAGAAUCUGCAGGUACACGUAUGGAAUAAGUGUAUACGAUGAUUUUAGAAGCGGAGUAGAUCCAGAAGACAAGUUGAUCACAAUAGAAGAUAGAACGUUUUGUAAGGACAGAUUUAGCAAACACGCCGAGGCGGGGCAGUCUAUGGACGUAGGAGAGGCAACAGAGGAGAAAACCUACCGCCCGACACGACCCGAUCAGACUCAAAUCACUUUAAAAGUUUACGUCACGGAGGACCGUGACCCUGUCUAUACUGAUGAUCCCGGAUGUACUUGUCUGGGACCGAGCCUAACUGUUGACAUUCCAGACACUACAGGUGGACUGAAGAGGAAAAUCGGCGUCAAGCUCAUUUUUGGUGGGACAGAGCUCUCCGUGGAGGCAAGAAUAAUGAAAACUGGAGAAACUACCAGUGCCUCUUUGGACUUUCUGAACCACGAGAUGUAGUACCGUCCCAUUCAUAUACAAACAUGUGCUAACAGUGAACAAGCUGCACGAAUAAUAUGUAAUU